AUUUAAACGAAACUCUCGACAUAAAAAAAGAAGUUAUUACUCUCCUUCCGUCUCAUAACUCAAGCAAUCGCCAGAAUCAAGGGUCUGCGGAUCUCUUCUCCGUCGUGAAUCCCUAACUUUCGCUUCAUAUACGGAGGAGGUGGCGGUUAGAGGAUUAUGUCCCCAGAUGGCGUAGAAGAAGCAGACUAUGAGAGCGACCCCGAGGAACUGAAGCGCUCCUUGGCUGCAAGGAGGAGAGAAGCUAGCGAUGAUGAGGAUGAGAACCGUGGAGAAAAAAUUCAGAGUGCUGACAUCGAUUCCGAUCAAUCCGAUGAACAGAGUGCUGUCGUGGAGUUUGAUAACGAUGCAGACGAAGGAUUGCACAUAGAAGGUGACGAUAGCUAUGAUGAGGAGGAGGGCGAUUAUGGAGAAGAUGAUGAUGACAACAUGGAAUACAAGACGACAAGUGUUGCUGGCGAGGCUGAGCCUAAGGGAGUGGAAGCUGCGACGGAGGACUCUGUUGUGGAUGGAGAAGAACCAAAGCAGAAGGAGCCUUUUGCUGUGCCAACUGCUGGAGCUUUUUAUAUGCAUGAUGACAGGUUUCAGGAGAUGGAUACUGCCCCAAAUAGGCGAAUGCGUGGUGGUAGGAGGCUCUGGCCAUCCCGAGAUGAAAGAAAAUGGGGACAUGACAAAUAUGACGAGAUGAAUACACAAGAAAAGCAAUAUGAUAAGAGGACUUCCCGAGGCCGAGCCAGAGGCCGUGGUCAGGGUAGGGGUCAGGAGCGUGGAUAUUCUCGAGGACACCAAAAUCAGUAUCCUAAGGCUGUCACAAGAGGGAGAGGGCCCAGACGAAAUGAGGUUGCUUUGAGAAAGGGCACUCAAGCCCCUUCUGUGCAAACCAAACAGUCCCAGAAUUCUUUUGUAAAAGUGUCACACGUUUAUCCAGGACGGGCACCAACAGAAACGGACAGCAUAGAGACAGAAGCCAGGAUAAAUGUAGUUGCUUCGAGUUUAAACUCAGCUUCUCCUCCAUUCUAUCCUUCAGGUUCCUCCAGUAACUUGGCACAAAAGGAUUUACAAGCUGGCAUGGGUAGACUGCACGUUAAUGGAAGCCCUACGCCGUCUGGAAAGAAGUUUGGGAAUGCAAAACCUAGCACUGCGUGGGUACGCACUACCCCUUCUCAGACUACUAGUCAAGGUAGAGGUGCUCCUCCCCCUGGGAAAGUGCUUAAUCAAGGUGACAAUGUUUCUUCGCCUAUGCAAAUCCGGGGAAUGCCAAAAGGUACUUACCUAAGCUGUACUCGAUCUCCUGGUCAGGCUUGUGAACAACAUCUAGCUUUUACUAGUUUGCUGCCUUUUUCUCCUCAAACUGGAUCAUUAAAAAAUCUUUAUAUUUCAGGUGAAACAGAGUCAGCCACCGAAACUGGUGCUUUGCUGGCCCAGGGAAAAGGGGCUCUCCAGCCUAAUGGAAGGGGAUCUUUUAUGUAUGGAGCGACACAAUUCAUGGGUCCAGACGGUGGCAUGGCGGCUGGUCAUGGCAAUCCCAAUUUCCAUGCUUUUCUGCCUGUUAUGCAAUUCGGUGGCCAGCACGGUGGUGUUCCGACCUUUGGUAUGGCUCUUCCAGGAUAUGUCCAACCAGAACAUGGUACUGGAAAUCCCGAGAUGACAUGGCUGCCAAUUCUGACUGGCCCGGGAGCAUUGGGGGCUUCAUAUCCUCCACCUUAUGCUGCAAUUGAAGGUUCUUACCAAGCACACAAACCAGGGUUACCUUCCUCUGCAGGAUCCUCCAGCCAAGAGAACAGUUCAAAUAACCCUAAUGUCGAAGAGAAGCCCUUGGAGAGACCUGAGGCUAAAAACAAUGGGAUACCACAACGGUCGAACAGCAACCCAAACAAACAGCCUCGUAGAUACUCGGAGAUGAGCUUAAGCAAGUGAGUGCGCAUUGUAAAGAGGAGGCAAAAGGUCCCCUCUUGUUAUAAUAAGUUGAGAAAGAAGGUUUGUGUGAGAGAGAGAGAUCCUCCUUUGCUGCAGGUUUCUGUUGCUUCUCCAAGCUGCUCUGCGGAGCACUUUGGGCUGCUAAUGUUGCCGAUGUACUAGGUACACGCAACUUUAAAUUCUUAAUAUUCAUUAAAACAUAACAUGGAAAGAGGAGAUCAAAUUGAUUUAGUAAGUGUGCUUUAUUUUCAGGAGGUGGUUGUGCCUUAGAAAGGAUUUUUUUUGGUGUGAGAUUUGAACUGUGGCUUCCUUGUUCAUCUGUAAUUUUUAUUAUUUUGUUACUUUUGCUUUGAUUUGUAAUGUUGAUAUUUUUUUUGGUU